AGAUAAAAUAUCAUCACAAACCAACAACAAACAAACAAACACACCACAAAGCAAAAGAAGCAUACAAAGAAAAGGUUAACUUCUCACGCAAGCAAGGAUGGCACCGAUGAAGAAGAGUCUCUUUGCUCUUCUCCUCUCAUCACCAAUUCUGAUCAUAUGUCUUGUCGCAUUGCUGGCUGGUACGGUUUCAGUCGGAGCUCGCCGGUUAGUGGAGGAGGCUCCUAAACCGGAGAUACCAAAGUUGCCUGAACUACCUCACCCGGAGCUACCCAAGUUUGAAGUUCCCAAGUUGCCUGAGCUCCCUAAACCAGAGAUGCCCAAGUUACCUGAGUUCCCAAAGCCUGAGUUACCAAAAAUGCCAGAGGUUCCCAAGCCUGAGUUGCCUAAGUUCCCGGAGAUUCCAAAACCCGAAUUGCCAAAGAUGCCAGAGGUUCCUAAGCCUGAGAUGCCUAAGUUGAUGGAGACUCCAAAGCCUGAGGCUCCUAAGUUGCCGGAGGUUCCAAAGCCUGAGCUACCAAAGGUGCCGGAGAUCCCAAAGCCCGAGCUGCCAAAGGUGCCAGAGAUUCCAAAGCCGGAGCUACCAAAGGUGCCAGAGAUUCAAAAACCGGAGCUACCAAAGGUGCCGGAGAUUCAGAAGCCUGAGCUACCAAAGAUGCCGGAGGUUCCUAAGCCUGAGUUACCAAAGAUUCCAGAGGUUCAAAAGCCUGAGGCUCCUAAAUUGCCAGAGAUUCAGAAGCCAGAGUUACCAAAAAUGCCAGAGAUUCCAAAGCCUGAGUUGCCAAAGAUGCCGGAGUUACCAAAGAUGCCGGAGAUUCCAAAGCCUGAGGCUCCUAAGUUGCCAGAGAUUCCAAAACCAGAGCUACCAAAGAUGCCUGAAGUUCCCAAGUUGCCGGAACUCCCAAAGGUUCCUGGAACUCACUAAGCCUAUUAGAACCAGGCUCACUCUACGAUCUUAAACUACUACAUCACACUUGUCUUGUUUGUCUAUUUGCAGAGAUAUACACUUGUGUCUGUAUAUCUCAUCAUCCUUUCUUUAGUAGCCAUACUUCUUUUUCUUUUUUGAUACAUGUAUACUUGUAUUCUGUUUGUCUCUUUGUAUGUUAUCAUACAUGCAAAUUUCUUUGUAUUUGAUAUACUUUUAUUUAAUGGAUUGUGUUGUUUUUUGAUGACA